AUGGGCUGUGGACCAUCCUCAGAGGCCAAUGAGCAGUUCGUGCGCUUGGUCUUCACGACAGAGCCCUUGGUGGAAUGCAUGUGUUGCAGGAUUCUUAGGUUGGCCGAUGGAGCGGUCGAAGCAGGAAGUGAGAAGGCGUUCCCGUUUUGUGUCUCCGAGCGCCCAGGCCCAGGGUUGAAGCAGGUGAACGGCAUGAUUCCGGGCUGGUUGCCCCAGGAAAACUACUCCAGGAUCUUGGAGAUCUGCGCUCCAUACCACCAGUGCAUCCCCUGCCAGAUGGACUGCUGUGGUACACCAUUGUGCGAGAACCCCUUCGCGCAGGAAAAUGCUCCGCUGCAGCAGCUGAAGAAGGAGCUGCCCAGCUAUAACUUCAGCUUCUCUGCAGAGUGGAUCGGCUUCGGAAGGAAUGCCAACUGGCAACACGUUCUGGAAAUCCGGCCGGGAAUGGCGGUGGGACAAGUUGUCGGGAUCGAGGAUGAUGCAUAUGUCAGUCUCGUUGGCUAUGAGUUCAGUAGAGCACAAGAGCACAAGGAAGGCAUAGCGCGGUGUCCCCAUGUGAAGCAGUCUCCGAGCGGCCUCCGAUCGGCCACUGCGGCCGCCGAGCGCGCAAGCGGCUCGCGACGCCUGGGGCUCAUGACCAUCGAGCUGACCCCAAAGCGCGACCAGCAGGUGGGGUCCACAGAUCGACCCGUGGAGAGCUGGUGGAGGCUCCGGCAGGUGGAGCGCUGCGACCGAAGCUGCACACAGCUCAAGCGAUGGCUACUGCGGGUCCUCGGCAUCGUGGCCGCGGAGUUCUGGCAGCACCGGCAGGUGUUUCCGUUGGCGCUGGCGCAGAUGAUGCUGGUUGCGGACCAGCCGCUGCUGCCCACCAAUAUGUCUGCCGUGGCCAAGGAGUUCGGUUUCGAUGCAGCCGAGAGGGACGAGAAGCUCGGAGGAGUUGUCAGCGUAGUAUUCUUCACCUUUGGGGCCCUCUUUUCGCUGCUGGUCGGGCGUCUCGCAGACCGCAUGAGCCGGAGGACCCUGGUUUGCCUGUGCAUGAUGCUAGGCUCCAGCGGUAGCUUUGCGAACUCGCAGGUCCAGAGCUUUCUGGCCUUGCUCUGCUGCCGGGGUGCCGUGGGUGCCGCCACAGGCGGUCUGAUCCCUGCCAGCUUCGCUUUGAUCGGGGACAUGUACUCGGCCGAAGAGCGGCCGCACGCCAUUGGCAUCAUGUCCAUCAUCUCGGGCCUGGGCCUUUCCGUCGGACAAGCGCUCGCUGGCUUUCUGGGCACCGCUUUGGGCUGGCGGGCGCCCUUCGCGCUGGUGGGACUUCUUGGCUGGGCCGUCACGGCCCUCCUCACCUUCACCUUUGGGAUCCGGCCCUUGCAAUCUGCAACGCCGCCAGUGCCAGGGCCACAGCCGUCCGCACGGCUCGCUUCGACAAGCGACUCGUCUUCUGCGGCGUCCGUCCGGCCUUCCUCGCGAGCCGACCUCUUGAAGCCAACGGUGCUCUGUAUCUGCCUGCAAGGUAUCACGGGCUGCGUGCCCUGGGCCGUUAUUGGCACUUUCAUGGCAGACUAUCUGGCGACAAACGUCCACAUGGGCGUCCCGAGUGCGACGGCCGUGCUUUUCAGCUUUGGGGUGGGCUGCACCACAGGCACAAUCACUGGUGGGAAGCUAGGCCAGUACCUCUACAAGAAGGACAAGCGGCUGCAGGGCUGGCUCAUGGGGGUGACAGUUUGGGGCGGAAUGCUCCCCAUGUUCUGUCUCUUUGCUCUGGGUGAGGCCCACCCGAUCAUUUUCCACCUCCUGGCUCUGUCUGGUGGCUUCCUGUCCUCCAUCCCUCCCGUGAACGCCAAGGCGGUGCUGCUGAAUGUAGUGGCAACCCACUCUCGGGGCACCGUCUUCGGAGUUUACACCAUUAUGGACGACCUCGGCAAGGGACUCGGGCCUGCUCUGGUUUCCAGCUUCGUGCGGGGCAUGGGGCGCCAGGACUGGGCUCAUGUUGCAAUCCAGGAACCAGAGUAA